AUGAUGAAUUUACCGGAUUCUGCUUGGUCACCAUCCCGUGUUGUCGUCCCCAAAUCUCGAAAGACCCUUUGCAUCUCCAAGGAGUGCAAGAAGCAUCAGCUUCACAAGGUCACCCAGUACAAGAAGGGAAAAGAUUCUUUGUACGCCCAGGGAAAGCGGCGUUACGACGCUAAGCAGGCUGGAUUUGGCGGGCAGACAAAACCAGUCUUCCACAAAAAGGCUAAGACGACGAAGAAGAUUGUCCUUCGUCUCGAGUGCACUGCAUGUGGUUUCAAGCAACAACGCGUGUUGAAGCGAUGCAAGCACUUCGAGCUUGGUGAUCAGAAGAAGACCAAGGGAGCUGCCACAUAUUAG